UCUAGGCUGUGUCGGUGGCAACCCCGGCUGCGCGUCGACGACGAGCAUGGAUGCGUAGGUGUAAGAGGUGUGCUGGCGUUGGUUCGCGAGUAGAGCAAGGGCGCAUGCGCCGGGACCGUGAGCGAAUCGGCACAUUGGCUUGCACCGCGCAGCGAUAUCCCAAUCCCCGUGCGCGGCUCUCUCCGUCUCUGUCGGGCGAACGGUGUCGAGGCCGCUCGCGAGCACGGGCAGAGGACCGAUCGUCCGUCUUUAUCUAGUUCGCGUUGGCAUUUUGGCAUUAAGUGAUCACCGAGGGUGGAUUUCGCGUCGGCGUCGGCUCGUAAGAUCGCAUCCUCGGGCAGUCUUGAGGACACCGACGGUGGCCUGGGCAAGCGAGGGAUUCCGAGCGGACGAGGAGACCGAGGGAGACAGGGAGGCCUGGCCACUUGCAGUGAUCGAGAAGAAUACACACUUCAAGCUCGUGCACAAUUACCUACGCAUAGAAUGUCUCUUCCUGGGAUAGCUGUAAUACAAAACAUGUUCUUUGUUUUGUAAAAAUGCGAAUGCAAUUUGUCAGCUCCAUCAUAUUAUAUAUGACGAGCUAUUGCGUUAGAGAUACUAUUGUUUUACAAGACAUCUCGGACAUCUCAGACUGUAUAAGUUUGAACUCCGUCAAAGACACACAUUAAAGUUGAUAGUUCAAUCCGAUCAUUAUGGCUGCGAAACAAGGAAGGACUAAAGGAAAAAACUGGGAUGAAUGUAAUCCUGACGAUACUAGUGAUGAUAGCGAUAAUUUAAUCUCGAGACUUAAAAAAUUAUCGCACUUGAGACGUAAAAAGAAAAAAAAAGAUUUAAAAUCAAAAAUAUUGUCAAAUAAGUCUGACACCGAAGACAGUAGUAGUGAUAUGGAUCGGAAAACAGUUAAAAGGAGAAGAUUAGUAUCGUCUCUGCCCCAUUCCAUAAGCAAAUCUUCGAGAAAAUGCGUUUUAGAUUCUGAUGAUUCAAUAUCAGAUUCACAUAAUGUCAAUAGAAAGAAAGCCCGAAUGUCAAAAGCUAAAGUUGAUCACAAAACUGUAAUUACAAAUUUAAAUGAUAAUGAUUCGAAACAACCCGCUCCUAACGAAAAGAGCAUAGUUAUGGAAAAAGAAACGACAAAUGCCAAUCCUAGUACAGAUAGCAAAAAUUUAGACAGCAAAGCGAAAAGUAAUCAACACCAUUCUGAUGCUAAUUCCAGCAUCGAACGCAAAAAAUGUAAAUUAAAAACAAUAAUGAAAUCGAAAUUACAAUUUAACGAACAUUUUAUGGAUGAUUAUUCCAUCGUAGCUACUCCCACUCGUUCCGACGACGAAAGCGUAUUGGUCGAAAAGAAACAAGAGAUAUUAUUGAAGCAUGACAUAAUCGAAGAAUUGGAAAAAAUAAAAAAAAUGACAGAAGAAUUGAAGAACGAUUUAGAAUAUCACAGUAAUUAUCUUAUCAAUAAAAAAAUUAAUGUUGCUAGGGACUCGAAAUUUAUCGCGCAUAAAAUAUUAAGAAUUUAUGAUUUAACGUACGAGAAGCUUAAAAAAAAUAGAAACAAUUUUGUCGACAUUUAUAAGUCGUGGCUCGAUAAUUGCAGUGAUAACACAUCGAGUGAAAAGGAUAAGGUAGUAAAGGGAUGUAGGGCUAAGUCUAGUAGUGAGAGCGACAGGGAUAGGAGUGUGCAACGGCAAAAUUCCGACGAUUCGAAAAGCGAAAAUGGGUCUGCAAGAUCUUGUAAAGAAAAAAAUAAAUUAAGUGAAUCCGAGGAGACCGAUGGGAAUAAGAAUGUGCAUGAAAAAAAUUACAAUAUCAACGAGAGUAAUAAUUCUUCGCCAUCGGAUUUUAGAUUAAGCAAUCAGUCAAAUUGUCAGAACAACAAUGAGGCGACGAAUGUAAAAGAUAUUAAUAAGUCAAAUACAUUAAGCAAUGAUUCGUCAAAUUCAUUAAGCAAUGAUUCGUCAAAUUCAUUAAAUUCAAGCCCGCAACAUAAAAAACAAAUUAGUAAAAAGAUAGAUUUGCCUCAGCAGUUGAGCGAAAAUGAUCUCGUAGAUCAUUUAUCAGACCAUGUUGAUGAAAAAAUUGAUGAAUCGGCGAUGGAUGGAGGUAAGGAUAAAGGUGUAAAAGACAGAGGGAGAAAUUGCGAUGCUGGUAAGUAUAAAGGCUCAACGAAAGAUUUGUCAGAGUCAACGAAACCAUGUAGUGUUCUCUCCUCUUCCUUUUCCGAUAACCAAGACUUAUUCGAUAGCAGUAUCUCGGAGGUAGCCGAUACCCCAGUUAAAUCUAAACUUUUGUCCUCGAAAUUAUCGCUCAAGAAGAUAUUAACUUGUAGUCAAGAUAAAGCUUCAUGCGUUGAUAAUCCGAUAGAGACUAGUAACUCCGAACACGAAGAGAAUCCGUCAUUAUCUGAACAAGUUUAUAUCGACGAUCUAGAAUGUAGAGCAUUAAAAAGUUUGCUUCAAGAUAAAGAUUCCGAUGGGACGGAUAGCGAAGAAAAUGGACAUGACGUGUCUUCGCAUAAUACCCCGUUCAAUAUUCGCAGUGCCACGAUUAAAAAGCUUAGCGAAGAUGAUGAAGAAUUGUCACUACCAAAAACAAAUAAUAACUUGCGAACAAAAAAAAAGCUACUAAUGCAAACUAAAAAACAAAAUUCAAUUUCUUCCGAUAGCUCAUCGGACUCCGCGGGGGCAUGCAUCCGAAAGAAGAAUUCGCGUCAGGAAAACGAUGACGACUUGCCGCCGAGAUAUCGCCGACGGCAAGCCUUCAACGUGCAGAAAAACCGACACUACAAAGCCGACAAGAAACUCAAAAUGGAAUGUCGAGUUACGCUGGAACGAUUGUCGCAAAAUGUCCUUGAUAAUUACUCAAGCGCCUUGGAAAAAUCCAAGAAUUAUGUUGCGAACAAAAAGUUUCACAGUAUAACCAAUUUAGAUGGCCUUGAAUCGAAGAAGAAAUCUAAAAGAACUUCUACCUCCAACAAUUCAUUAUUAUCGGAUGACAGCGUAAUUAAUGCUAAGGCAAAGCAGAAAUAUAAUAGCGAGAAGAAUCCAGUUGUGGAUUUCAUGGAUGAAGACAAUGAAACUGAUUUUAAUGUUGAAAAUUCGGAUAAAUCAAAUGACAACGACAAAAUCAUAGACGACGAGAACAUCGAAGAAGAAAUAUGUAAGGAUGUUGAAAAUAAAGCAAGAGAGGCUCUACUUCAGAGUCAUUCCGAAUCGAGUAACGAGGAUAGUAUGAUGGAGGCUACGGACAUAGAACAAGAAAAUAAAAAUAAUACAAAAGCUAAUUCAAAAGCAAAAUGUAUAAGCAAUGACGAUUCUACAAUUGAAGAAUCGGAUGAACAUAAAGAUAAGGAUGAAACAAAAGCUGCGUGGAAAAAUGAUGAGUUAUUAUACUUUCAGUUAACGGAUAGUGAAUCAGGGGACGAGCAACGCGUUGAAACUGAAGUAAAUAAUAAGAUAAAAAAUAUUAAUAAAGAAAAUGAUAGAAGUAACGAAGAAGAAACUAAAAAUAAAAAGGACGCUACCAUAACCCCCGUUAAAAAAAAGAAGUCACGAAAAUUAAGAGUUUUCGAUUCUGAUUCAGAUACAAAAAAUUAUUCAAGCGAUGUGGAAUCAAAUGAUUCGGAAAUUGAAUGUGAUGAAGAAAAAAACGAGGAGGACACAAAGAAAAAAAAAGAUCGUAAACGUGAAAAAUCAUCGGAGUCAGAUACAUCAUCUAGUGAAAAAAAACAAAAGUCAAAGAGAAAACGAAUAAAGAAAGUGGCAACCGACAGCGAAAGUGAUGACCAGGACUCACCUGGGAAAGGUAGAAAAAAUAUUCGUAAAGUUUUAAAAGAUAAGCACGUUGCAGACGAUACAAAAAAGGCUGCACAGGAUGAAGAAGAACGCUUAAAACGUAUUGCUGAACGACAAAGACUGUUUAAUGAGAUGUACGAUGCAAGACUGGCGGGUGAAGCUAAAGUUGACAAGUUGGUAUUAGAUUUUGACGAAGAGACGAAGAAAGAACUCGUCAUUGUAGACAAAGAACUCGUGAAGCGUUUGAAACCCCAUCAAGCUAAAGGUAUUAAAUUCAUGUGGGAUGCUUGCUUUGAAUCCUUAAAGCAAAUAGAAAAAUCAGAUGGAUCCGGAUGCAUUAUAGCUCAUUGUAUGGGACUGGGUAAAACUUUUCAAGUUGUCACGUUGUCCCACACUUUGUUGAGCCACACAGAAACAAAAGUUAGAACUGUAAUGGUUGUUUGUCCUUUAAGUACAGUAUUAAAUUGGGUUAAUGAAUUUAAAAUAUGGCUGAAGCAUGUAAAAAAUGGCGAUGAAAUAGAAAUUUAUGAAUUGACUAAGAUGAAGAAGAACAUUGAAAGAAAGUAUCAAUUACAAAGUUGGCAAAAGACGGGGGGCGUUUUAAUUAUUGGCUACGAAAUGUUUCGUAAUUUAACUAGUACUGGAAAGAAAAUGAGAAAGGCUAUGCAAGAGUCUAUUAUGAAAUCACUGGUCGAUCCUGGAGCCGAUCUUGUAGUUUGUGACGAGGGUCACUUGCUAAAAAAUGAAGACUCGGCUCUUAGUAAGGCAAUGAAACUCGUAAAAACAUUGCGAAGAAUUGUUUUGACGGGAACACCUCUUCAAAAUAAUCUGAAAGAAUAUCAUUGCAUGGUCCAAUUCGUCAAGCCUAAUUUACUUGGUUCGAAAAAGGAGUUUUUGAACAGAUUUGUCAAUCCUAUUACAAAUGGUCAGUUUGAUGAUUCGACGCCCUAUGAUGUUAAAUUAAUGAAGAAAAGAGCACAUGUAUUGCAUAAAAUGCUGGAGGGAAGUGUUCAGCGAUUUGAUUAUUCUGUUCUUACACCGUUUUUGCCGCCGAAACAAGAAUACGUCAUUUUUGUACGUUUAACCGGAGUGCAAAUCAAGAUGUAUCAACAUUAUUUAGAUAAUUUUGCAAGACGUUAUGGCCAACGUAAUGGAUCGUUAUUUGCCGAUUUUCAAGAGCUACAGCGCAUUUGGACUCAUCCUUACGUAUUGCGUUUGAAUGCUGAAAAGGUUGAGAGAGCUAAUGAAAAGAAGCGUUUCGAAGCCAGUGAUUCCGAAGGUUCCUUAAAAGAUUUUAUAGACGAUGAAAGUGAGUCGGAUAGUAGUCCCAGUCUCAGUUCUGGUAGUGGAAGUAACAGUGAUAUUCAAAGUAUCCAUUCUGACACCGAAAAGCCUAUUAAACUAACUCGCAGUGCCAGAAUGAAUAUAAAAGCGGAAGAAUUAGACGAAGUAGUUCCUAUUCAAGAAACUGCUGAAGAAUCAGCAUGGUGGUCGAAAUUCGUUGAAAAAGAGCAUUUUGAAGAUUUGCGCAUUUCUACUAAACUUGUUCUUCUAUUUGGUAUUUUGAAGGAAAGUGAACAGAUCGGUGAUAAAGUGCUUGUAUUCUCUCAAUCGCUGUAUUCCUUGACGCUCAUAGAACAAUUUUUAAACUUAAUUGAUCAAGAAACUCAAAAUGGCGUCCAAGCCGAAUAUUUAGAUAAGCAUUCGGGUAAUUGGGCUCUGGGCUUAGAUUACUUUAGAUUAGAUGGUUCAACAUCUGCUGAAAAUCGUAGUGCUUGGUGUAAGAUUUUCAACAAUCCUAGUAACACACGAGCCAGACUUUUUUUAAUAUCUACCAGAGCUGGUGGAUUAGGUAUAAAUUUAACUGCUGCCAACAGAGUCAUAAUUUUCGAUGCGAGUUGGAACCCAUCACACGAUGUACAAAGUAUAUUUAGAAUAUACAGAUUUGGCCAGAAGAAACCAUGCUACGUUUAUCGUUUUCUGGCUGCUGGAACGAUGGAGGAAAAAAUUUAUAAUCGUCAAGUAACGAAAUUGUCGCUGGCCUGUCGGGUUGUUGAUGAACAACAGAUCGAACGCCAUUAUAGUAAUAAUGAUUUGGCAGAACUUUAUCAAUUUGAAUCCUAUGAAGGCAAAUCUGCAACAUUGAGCUUGCCGAAAGAUCGAUUAUUGGCCGAGAUAUUCUUAAACUACAAAGAGGCCGUCUACAAUUAUCACGAGCAUGACUCUUUACUCGAGAAUAAGCAAGAAGAAGAGUUGGACGAAGAGGAACGGAAGCAGGCUUGGCUCGAAUACGAAGAAGAGAAACAAGGAAAGCGUCAAAUGAUCAAUAUGGGUAAUAAUCUUGGAUUCAAUCAAAUGAUGAUGAAUAUGAAUUCAUUCCCCGAAUUAGAGAACAUUAAGCUGUUGAUUCAAAAAGAUUAUCCGAAUUUACCACCUGAGCAUCUUGAGACUGUGGCACGACAAGCUGUGUAUGACAUGUAUCGUUACGUCGAUCAACAAGCCGUUAAUCAAACUUUAAAUCCUUAUGGAGCUAUGCAAGGAAUGCCAGCCUCAAAUUUAUUCGGUGCUUCUACAAUGCCUCAAGUGAACCAACAGCAACAGUACAAUCCGCAAAGUCAAUUAAUGAAUAUGCUGAACCAGCCACAAAUGAAUUAUCCGGGUGUUAACCAUAUGCCAGUUUAUUCUGGUAGAGGAAGACCGCCCAAACAUAUGACAAUGAAUAACCCAAUGCCAAAUAUGAGAUCGAUGCAACCGCCAAUGCAAUCACCGAUGCAAGCACCGAUGCAAGCACCGAUGCAAUCACAGAUGCAACCACCCAUGCAACCACCGAUGCACUUACAACAAUCUCAGCAGCCUCAGAGGCAAACAGCGACUAAUAACGAUGAAGUAGAGAUACUUACUAAUCAGCAAGUAACACCACCUAAUAUCGAAUCUGUUUCUAAUGCUAAGAAUAUACAAAAAGAAUGAAUGUAAAGGGAAAAUAUUAGCAUUAAUUUUUUUAUUCCUAUUAAAAUAAAUAAUUUCAUUAUUGUAAAUAGUAAUUAAAUUAUGUAAGUAGAGGUAGAAUAAAUUGUGUUUUGCUAAAUUUAUAAAUUGUCGAGUUAGUAAUAAACAGGAUGUAAAUUAGAUGUAGAUGGUUUCCAAUCGAAAGAUGUCUUGUACUGACUAUGUUCUAAAAGAAUUAAAAGAAAGGAAAAAAUUGGAUUUUCAGAAAAUUUGAAAUAUUAUUUAAUAUUAAAGGGAAAGUUUUUAAGAAAUUUUAUUGCAGUCAGUAUUACAUUUGAUGUAUAUAGACAGUGAUAUUUCGAACUCAUAAUAGUAAUUGUUUUUAAAUCUUUAUUUUAAUGUAAUAAGAUUGGAUUCUGGUCGUAACAUCUAUAUAAUGAAGGAACAUCCUGGUUAAUCAUAAAAUUAUAUGUAUUUUUAGCUUGAAUAAUUAGAUGUUUUUCAUUUUUUAAACA